CACGAUGGCGCCCCCCCAUUCCUCUCCGCUUGUCCCCCUUCCCCCAGAGCCUUCAGACCGUGACCUGAGCUGCCUGCUGGCCUCCCUGGUGCAGCUGCUGGCGGACCCCCAUGCACGCACCCUGCAUGGCUUCCAGAGCCUGGUGCAGCGCGAGUGGGUGGCAGCGGGGCACCCCUUCCCUCAGCGCCUCGGUCUGCGCCGGGACAGCCCCCGCGAGGAGUCCCCCGUCUUCCUGCUGUUCUUGGACUGCACCUGGCAGCUGCUGCGGCAAUUCCCGGCGGCGUUUGGCUUCACCGAGGCGUACCUGCUGGCCCUGCACGACAGCACCUUCCUGCCCUACUGCAGCACCUUCCUCUUCAGCUGCCAGAGGCAGAAGGGCCGCGGUGGGGCGCAGCAGCCUCGCACCCAGACCUACACCCCUGUGAGCGGCCGCUGGGACCCCCCCCCGGGCAGCACCAGCAGCCGUUUGCCCCCCGUCUGGGCCUGGGGGCUGCGCUACAGCCGGCAGCAGCGGGCGCGAUUCCAGAACCCGGCGUGGGACCCCGGCCCCGUGGGGACCCCCGAUGCUGCGGACCCCCAGAACACGGGCACACCUGCCAGUGCCUGGUCAGGAUCGAGCUCUGGGGCGGUGCUGGCUCUGUCCAAGGGCUCUCUGACCCCACAGCCCUUCCCGUGGCGGAGCGGCCGUCCCCCCCCUCGCCUGCUGCGCUGGGCCCCCUCCCUGGAGACCCUCAGUGAUCGGGGGGGUGACCCUAUUCCCACACCCCCCCGGGGGCUGCUGCUGCCCUGUGCUGCAGGACCUUCCGUGCGGCUCUGGAGACGCUGCUACCUGCGGGGUCUGCCUGAGGCACAGCGUGGCCGCCUGGCCCCGUGCCCGGCCCUACUGCUGGAGGAGCUGGCUCUGCUGCAGGACCGGCUCCAUGCAUGGCAGCAGGAUGGGGCCCACGCUGAGCCCACCAGCAGCCCCCUGGCACCCUCACGGUGAGGGUCUCAGGGGGCCCUGGGGGUGGGAACCCCCCUGAAGGGACACACACUGCAGGGGUGGACUCAUCCCUCGGGGUCCCUCCAGUCUGGGGGUUGUGGAGGGACGCGGCCCCCCUGGCUCAGCUGCUUCCUUUUGCUCCACGCUGGGGCCGUGGCUCUUUGGAGCCUGGGAUUUUUUGGGGGACCAGCAUUUUUUGGGUCCUGGGGUUUUUUGGGGACCACGGCUCUUUGGGACCUGAGGAUCUGGGGCUUACAGCUUUUUGAGGUCCACGGCUCUUUAUUGCCUGUGUUUUUCUGGGCAGGCUGGGGCCUUUUGGGGACCACAGCUUUUUGGGGCCCGUGGUCCGUUAGCGCCUGGGGCUUUUGGGGGCUCCCAGCUCUUUGGGGCCUGUAGCUUUUUGAGCCCUGUGGCUUUUUGGAGCCCAGAGCUUUAUGGGGCCCACGGCUCUAUGGGGCCGCAUUCCUCACUGGAGGCCCCGCAGCAGCGCUGGGGUUCCCCUCUGCCGCGGCUCAGGGGGGAUCAGCGCCAUGGGGCGGAGCGGUUCUGACCCCUCAGCACAACGCGGAAGCAGCGGCCCCACGGCGCGACUGGAGGGGGGGAGGCUGGGCCGCGUGUCAGCGGUGUUUGUAUUUGCCUAUUAAAGCACAGCGUUCUGCAGGCAA